CCCAAUUCUCGCCCUUCGAUUUGGCCAUCUGUCGCACCGCAUCCAUCCUCCCACGCCUGCCAUAUCGCAUCGGCCACAUCGCGCCUCCUCGUGACCUGUUGCUGCCGCCAGCCAACACUGCACCUGGCCACUCAGACACGUCCAACCCGAUGCCAUCCCCGACUUAUGCCCAUCCGCAGCCUUGCCCCCGCCACCCCUUGACGACGCGAACCCCCACACCGCGACACUUGCCCUCCGUGUCUGCCUGAUACAACACGUCGCCCGCAAACCAGAGCCGCCAUGGCUUCCAGGCCUUCUACACCCCGGAGCUCGCGCUCUGGUCGUGUGGCAGGUCGUGGUAGAGCAAGGCCCCCGCACGAAUUAGAAGAACCCCCUCUUAAGAAGAGAAAAUAUGUCCCUGGCGGCCCAGGCGGUGGUGGCAGGUUUGUUCUCGACGACGGGAACACCGAGUCGCCGGCCGGGCCCUCGUCCACAUCGACCCCACCGAGGCCACGGAGCACCGCCCGCAGGACAUCGAACCGAAACACCACAGUCCUCCCCCGGGAGAGAAGCACCCGCCUCGGCGCCGCCGCCAGCCGUUCUGGAGAGGGCGAUGUCGAGUUCAGCUCCGCCGCCGCUGUCGCGGCAGCUGUAGCCCAGAGCGAGGGAUAUAAGCCACGAGAGGAGCGCGGCUGGGAGGAGUUCCACCCGAACCUUGAUAUCGAGGGGACCUUUCUGAUGUUCCACUCGGAAGACGUAGACGGCACCAGAAAGUCGACACCACCUCCCCCUCCCACUCGCGCUUCUGUCAACGGCGUCGGUACGCCAUCGAAGGAUGCCGAACAAGCAAAUCCUGGUGUCACAGGUGACUCGGCCGCCCAGGCAGAGGGCGCCGCCGCAUCUUCUCAAAACCCGGAGACGCCGUCGCGCCGAAGACCUCGUCCAACCAGAGAUGCCGUGUCUUUUUACGCCACGCGACCCGACUUUGCGCUGACCCCAAAGACACCCAAGGUGUUGUCCACCCUGAACCAGACCCCAAAAGAGCGCCUCGACCUGAAGAACCCGUCCUACCGCAAGACAGAUCGGAUACUGCUCUUUGAGAGCAAGACCUUUGGCCAGGCAAAAUAUGUCGAAAAGGCCAUGAUGAAUGUCGGUUACCAGGAGAGCGACAACUUCAUCAGGCCCGAGCGCGGUCUUCUGAAGGCCAGUGAUGCCCAUAUCGACGAGGAUGUGGAUCAGCUACUCGGGCAGAGACCCGACGGCGAGGUGAUUGUCUCGCACAGCGGCUCCAACCUUGGCCGUGUCGAAUACGACAUGGACGAGCAGGACGACAUGUGGUUGGAGACGCUCAACGGCCAGCGAAAGGCCAACGGGCUCGAACUCGUCACCCGUGAGGUCUUUGAAAUCACAAUUACCAAGAUUGAGAAGGAAUGGCAUGCCUUGGAGAAGAAGAUACCGAAGCCGAAUCCAAAACCACCGCAAACCCACAGGCCGCGGUCUAGUUCUGCUGCAGCCGUGAACGGCGAGACCCAACCCGGCGAAGAGCAAGACAGCAAGUGCGCCAUCUGCGACGACGGGGACUGCGAAAAUACCAAUGCGAUAGUCUUUUGCGACGGCUGCGAUCUUGCAGUGCAUCAAGAUUGUUACGGCGUACCAUUCAUCCCGGAGGGGCAGUGGAUGUGUCGGAAAUGCCAGCUCGCGGGUCGUGGCAUCCCAACUUGCAUUUUCUGCCCCAACACUGAUGGUGCCUUCAAGCAAACCAACUUCUCCAAAUGGGCACACCUUCUUUGUGCCAUAUGGAUCCCUGAGGUCAACCUGGGAAACAAUGUUUUCUUGGAACCAGUCAUGGACGUUGACAAGGUCCCCAAAAACCGUUGGAAGCUUCAAUGCUACAUCUGUAAUCAGAAGAUGGGCGCCUGCAUUCAAUGCAGUAACAAGGCUUGUUACCAGGCCUUCCAUGUCACAUGCGCACGACGUGCCCGUUUGUACUUGAAAAUGAAGACACCGCAAGGCGCGCUUGCGCUUGACGGGGUCUUGAAGGCAUUUUGUGAUAAGCACUGCCCUCCAGACUAUGACAAGGAGCAUGCUGUCGGCGCGGCUACCAAGGACGCGAAGAAAUUCUACAAGCGAACAAUGAAGGGGCGUAUCUGGGCUGACAGCCAGGCAGUGGCUCAGGAGCUUGCUGCCAUCCAUCGCAACGCCAUCACAGAACACCCUCCUCAGGAGUCGCAGUUACUUGGCGACAAGCUCGCAGGAGCAGGCGACAAGAAAAAGGGCCAAUCAGGCAAGAUAUGGAAAUUGCCUUCCGGAGCGCCUGUCAUUCCACAGGCGGUCUUCGACCUCGUCGACAGCGGGUUGGCUCGGUUUUCUCUUCGCAAGCGAAAGGAAUAUGUUGCGGAGGCCUGUCGUUAUUGGACACUGAAGCGGGAAUCGCGCCGUGGUGCCGCGCUCCUCAAGCGUCUGCAGCUGCAGAUGGAGUCUUUCUCGUCUAUGGAGCUCACAAGGCGAGACUUCGCAGCCAUGGGCCCCUCAGGAAGGAACAGGCUUGCCAGGCGCAUUGAAUUUGCGGAGACCCUACUGAGAGACCUUGAGCAGCUGAAAUCUCUGGCGAACGACGUUGUGUCCCGGGAAGCCUACAAGCUGGAGGCUGCGGAGAUGGAGCAAGACUUUGUCGACAGUUGCUAUUUCCCGAUCUUCAAGCUGCUGCAGCCCAUCAUCAGCAAGGCUGAAGCGCUCGACAAGAAUGUCUUCAAAGACGGUCUGGUACAAAUGGAAGCCAAGUUCGAGAAGCGAUUCUACACCACCACUCUCGCAUUUGCCCAUGAUCUCUGCGAGGUCAUCCAUGUUGGCAUCAAUGCCGAGGCAAAGCCCCCUAUAUCCGACCAGCCCAGGUUCGAGCCGAUCGACGUGUCGCCUACUAAGCACAGCUCAUACUCGGAGGCCAGAGACCGUAAGAGGCUCGGCAAACGAAUACUCAAGUCAGCUCAGCCGCAACUAGAAAUCGCUCUCAAGGCGGAGGCGGACAUUACCUCGAAAUCCUUCGACAGCCUGCAGCAAGAGCUGGAGGGCAUGAUUGACGCAUCCUUGGAAAUCCGAAAACCCUUUGGGUCUCACCCGCAACCUGAGCCCCCCGCACAGUCUAGCCAGGAUGUCAUCAUGGUUGACGCUGCCGAAGGACCCAUCACAGUCGCGGCGCAAGACCCCGCCGGCGCGGCUGCGGAGAGUGCUGAUCAGAUGGACAUCGACGAACAAAGCAUCGAAGUUAAGGAGGAGGACACUGCCCAGGCCAACGGUGGUAUAGACCAAGAGGCUGCAGCCGUUGGCGAGGACGGUGCCGGUGCCAACGACAAAGGUCUACCGAGCCUUGUGAAAUCGGCACCCACGCCACCAGACACCAAUGGCUACGUGCCUGUCUCCCAGCACUCACAGCAGCCCACGCCUCUCACACCACCACAAUCUAACGGAAGCCUUGGCCGAGGGGCAGACACCACUCUCACAGAAGGCGGCAUACCCUGGUAUCUCAAGAACUUCGAGCCCGACGGCACAACAGCCAUCGAGGAGCAGUGGGCUGGCAGGGAUGCCGUGCGCAGCUUGAGCGAGGAGCUGACUGAUAUGGAUGAGGAAGAGCUCAACGACCUCGAGUUCAACGUGGAAGAUAGCACUAUCACUGCAUCACCCGUGGACGCGCCGCUGGCUGUCCCGUCCGGGUCGUCAGCUAGGAAGCUCCGCUACGGCAGCAGCACCGGGGUCGGGAACCCGAGGAAGCGACUACGAUCCUCGGGCAGGAGACGUUAGGAGAGGCGAGGUCCGAUGGAUAUGUAUAGAUUCGGUUGUACUAGUAGGCCGUCGCUUUGAUCCUUUUGCUUUUGCGUUCUCGUUUGCUGCUUGACCGGAGAGAUUGAUUCCCCCUCUUUCAUUGUUCUGGUUGCUUAUUUGGAUGGCCGCAAGUAUACCGACUGUGUUUUCUCUCUCUCUUUUUGGAACAAUGCGUGGAGUGGUAUACAUUUCUACGGCGUCAGGAGAAUCGGCUCGGCAUACAACAAAACACCCGUGUGUUAUAAUCGAUCUCGAGGAAGUUUGCAAGUUGGUUUUUCAAGUCUAUUUUUUGAGGAUGGUGCGUCUUACCCUACGGGGGCCAUCACUUUUUAUUACCGCGGACGGAGACUGCAGCAUCAUUGAUUGCAUGUUGUCUUUUUUUACCGUUACUCUUUGAUUAGUUCGUGCAAGAGAGACGCUUCGUUUAGGCUGGGCCGGUGAGGUCUGGCGUGGCUAAGCCGGCAGUUGCUGGACUGCCUCAUUUCGGAGUGCGCUGUGUGCCAAUACAGAAGAGAAGAGUUCGGUUGCCUUGCACAA